AUGGGCUUAGGCACUCCCUUCCUUAUUGUUGGUUCUAUGGCUACAUCAACAUCAUUAAUCUUGCUAAACAAAUACGUCAUGCAAAAUUAUGGCUUCAGAUGGCCAAUCUCUUUGUCCACAUUUCAUUUCUUAUGCACUUGGGGUGUUCUUGAAUUGCUUUGCUCGCUUAAGUUUUUUGAACGUGCCACUAGCAUGCCUCUUAAAAUGAGACUUACUUGCGCUUUCGAAAGUGUUGCCGGAAUUAUUUUUGCAAACUUUUCUUUGAAAUUGAACUCGGUCGGCUUUUACCAACUCACCAAACUUCUUUGCAUUCCAGCAAUGGUCGCUACAAACUACUUUGUUUACAACAAAAAGACACCAUUUAGAACUCUUUGCACUUUAGCAGUUUUACUUGUUGGAGUCGGACUUUUCACCGUCAAUGAAGUAAGUGUCAACCUCCCAGGUACCAUCGUUUCCAUGAUUUACGUAUUUUUCAAUGUUGUUUUCCAAAUCCAAACAAACGUUAUUUCUAACACAUACCACAUUAGUGGCCCAUCAUACCAACUUGCUAACUCACUUCCAAUGACAAUUAUCAGCUUUUUCUGCGCAAUAUUCUACGAAGUCCCAGGAAGCAACUCAAUUUUAAUGCAUCCAUUUAAACCAAUGGAACUCUUCUGGAUUUUCAUGACAGGCAUGAUCGCAGUUUGGGCAAACGUCUUCGGAAUUUCUAUUAUCGGAAAAGCCUCUGCAGUUACAUUCCAAGUCGUUGGCCAUGCAAAGACAAUCCUUAUUUUCGUCUUUGGACUCAUUUUCCUUGACUCAAAUGUUGAAGAAACAAACGAACAAAGAAUUAAGAAGAUUGGCGGUUUAGUUUUAGGUAUGAUUGGUACAAUUGCAUAUUCAGUAUUCGAAAUGCAGGAUAAGGCUGCUGCAAAGAGAGCUGAUGAAGAAAAAUUAGCAAAUGAAAAGGCAAUUCCACUAAUUAACACUGAUGAAGAAUUCAAAGAAGCUGAGGAAGAGGAAGAAAAAAAGGGAAAGCUCAAUGAAGAGAAUAAAUAA